AUGCCUUUGAGGGUCGGCUACGUCCGCGAGCACUUCUCUUCGCCUCUUCUGCAGUACGCCGAGAUAGAUGCGGGCAAAUCCUUUGUUCUUGUAGAAUGUCCGAGCGGGACAGGACAAUUGAUAUCUCGUCUAACUAACGACGAAAUUGAUGUUGCUGUCGCACUCACUGACCCGUUGAUAUCUGGCAUCGCAAAGGGCUCAGAGCACUACAAGCUGGUGGGCAGCUAUGUUACAACUCCGCUGAAUUGGGCUGUCAUUACGGGUAAGGAUACCAAGUAUCAAGAGAUCGCCGACUUGCAAGGGUCGACGAUUGGUAUCUCGCGAUACGGAAGCGGGAGCCAGACAAUGGCAUAUGUCAUGGCGUUGCAACAAGGAUGGCCCACCGAGAAGCUCGAAUUCAAAGUGAACAACGACAUUCGCGGUCUCAUCAACUCAGUGAACGAUGGAUCAACGAGCGCAUUCAUGUGGGAAUGGUUCACAACCAAGCCGUUUGUCGAUGCGGGAGAGGCUCGUUUCAUCGGAUCUGUCCCGACUCCCUGGCCCUCAUGGCUCAUCGCCGCCCACCCCACGCGCGCGACGCCCGUUGCGCUCCGCACAUUCCUUAGCACUUUGACUACCUACGUGCAGACUUUCGACAGCCCCGAGAAGCGAGCGCAAGACGACGUAGAGUUUAUCAAGGCGAAGUUUGGUUAUCCGGAGGCUGAUAUCAACGCCUGGCUGAAGACAGUUAAUUGGACUCAUGACUGCGCUGCCAUUCCCAGCAAAGUAAUCUCAGAUACGCUCGAGGUAUUAGAGAAAGCGGGAUUUAUCAAGAGUCCUGAAGACGGAUUCGAUGUCGCCCAUUUUGUCAACACUGACAUAGCAAGGUUAACCUAAAUAAUCCCUUCUACAUGGUACAAAGUUUACAAUCACGUAUCAUCAUGAAAGCACCUGUGUACAACACAAUUACGGAAAUGACACUAUACUUUCCAUGGUA